CAGAAAUCAAGAUGGCGCUCCUCUGUUUGCGGAUAGUUCUGCGACGAAUAUAAAUACGUGAAAAAAACAGUGCGAGAAACGGUUACAACGUAUUGAACAGAUUGUGACGAUUGGUAUAUGCGUAUGAUAUAGUGACAAUCGAUUGGUAACGUGUCGCGAUAACUGUAAAGCAAGGUAGCCGGGUAAGCCGCUGCGGUAUUUCGAACAUCGGCGAAGGUGCUGUCGGUGCCCACCUGAGGAAUGCCAGAUUAUCCUCACUACGGUAACUCGCUCGGCAGGGGGAUGCUAAUCGCGUGACGGAUCGCGUGCAAGUUGAUCGAAAGUGUUUCGUAGGUGGUCCCCCGCAAAGGUGUACGGUCGUGUUUGUUCCGUGACGUAUGUGUGUCGCGGAGGGCUGUAAGACAGGUCGGUCGCGAGUGUCGUCGUCGUCGUCACCGUCGUCGCCGUCGUCGCUAUCGUCGUCGUGGUCGGCUUCGUGUUCGUGUUUAGUGUGCCGCGAGUGGCGUUUUUCGCGGCUUCGAUGUGCUCUCGUCCUCCCUUGGAUUUCUGGACAGGCGAGAUCAGCUGCUGCUGGAACAACUAGUCCGGCGGCUCUGGGAGACGAUCCUCUUCUACAGGAGCGGUGGGGCAAGGAGGUGCCGGAAGCAGCCGCGAGUCCGGAAGCAUAACGAAGAAGAUGGCCUUCAACGAGAAGGUGGACCCCGAGCUGAUAUUCACGAAACAAGAACGAAUUGGGAAGGGUAGUUUCGGAGAGGUGUUCAAAGGCAUCGACAAUAGGACCCAGCAAGUUGUCGCCAUCAAGAUCAUCGAUCUCGAGGAAGCGGAGGAUGAGAUCGAAGAUAUACAGCAGGAGAUCAUGGUGCUGUCUCAGUGCGACAGCCCAUACGUCACCAAGUAUUACGGGUCCUAUCUCAAGGGAACGAAACUAUGGAUUAUUAUGGAGUACUUGGGUGGCGGCUCGGCCCUGGACUUGAUGAAGGCCGGUAACUUCGAGGAAAUGCAUAUCGCGGUGAUAUUGCGCGAGGUGCUCAAAGGGUUGGAUUAUCUUCACAGCGAACGGAAGCUCCAUCGCGAUAUUAAAGCGGCAAACGUUUUGCUGAGCGAGAUGGGCGACGUCAAGUUGGCCGAUUUUGGCGUUGCCGGACAGUUGACCAAUACGACCAGCAAACGAAACACUUUCGUCGGGACGCCGUUCUGGAUGGCACCGGAAGUCAUCAAGCAAGCUUCCUACGAUUCCAAGGCUGACAUUUGGUCGCUAGGCAUCACGGCGAUCGAAUUGGCCAAGGGAGAACCACCGAACAGCGAGCUGCAUCCUAUGAGGGUCCUGUUUCUCAUACCGAAGAACAAUCCGCCCCAAUUAACCGGAAAUUAUACCAAGCAAUUCAAGGAAUUCGUCGAGGCCUGCCUCAACAAGGACCCUGAAAACAGGCCGACGGCGAAAGAACUAUUGAAGUUCCAGUUCAUCAGGAAGGCGAAGAAAAACUCGUACCUGAUCGACCUCAUAGACAGAUACAAAAAGUGGAAGUCGCAGAGAAGCGAGGAAUCCGAGACGGAGAGCGAAAAUUCGGACUCGGAAGAGUCGAAGCAGGAUAGCGAUAUGGACGACCCAUGGAUAAUGACGGUGAAAGGUCCACACGUGGUUAAAGGCCCCGUUCCUAUGCUACCGUUGGACGACCAGCCACCCUCGUUGACCUUCACACACACGCCGAAUCACAGAUCGACGAAUCACAAUCAACAAGCGAAGCCACACGCGAACGGUACCUCGAGAUCUCCGCCGAACGAUUCCACGUUGAAUCAUUACAGGAGCGAGUCGAGGGACUCGGUUCGCGAUGGCCAAGCGAAGCAUACGCCGUCCCGACCGCACGAGGCUGCACCACCGCCGCCCGUGGACACGCGAGAAAAACGAGAGGACCGAGACUACCGGGAUUUCAAUCGGGAUUCCUCGUUGAGGGAAUUGAAGGAGAUGCGUGAGAGCAGGGAGAGCAGGGACAGGGAACGGGACAGAGAAGGGCGGGAAAGAGACAGGGAGAGGGAAAGGGAGUUUAGCGCGAAAGAGAAGAGGAACAGUAAACCGGACGUACCUGUCGUACCUAUGGUGGACCAUAGGCCCGGUGAAGACAAACAGAGACCAAGGAGCUCGCAGGAACUGAAGCAUUCUCGAAGCGCGGCUCUUUCCGGUGUUGUUUUACCUCUCCUGUCCGAGCUUCAAAGGAAACAUCAAUAUUCGGCGAGAGACAAUAAUGGCGAAGGCGGAAGCGGCAUUGGCAAGAACGGAGGCGCGAUAGAGGAACUGCGCAGCGCGUUCGAAACAGCGGAACGCACUUCGCCAGGAAUGACCGAGGCCCUUAUCAGGGAACUCCUUAAGUCUUUACUUCCUGCCAAUCACUCGGAGGGCUGUCUGUUCAUGCUGAUGGAAAAAGUUAUCCUAAGGGAUACGUAGGGACGCGAGAGAGCGAGGGUUCGCAAGAGAUUGUGGUCCGAAAACAUCCUGACAUUGUAACGAUUCGUUAUUAUCUCGUUAUUAUCAGAGUAAUUAUUCCGUAACGAUGCCGGUAUACAUAUGUUGUUGACGAUUACCGGAUCCGGACGUAAGAGAAGAGUAUAGAUGAGGAACGUCGCUGCAACAGCCCGGAUAUUUUCUUUCCCUUCGGUCUGCAGAGACUAAGCUCGACAACAAAGCUCGUCAAAUUGUAACUUUUAUCCGAUUAUCCCGUUUCCGUGUCCAAUUCAACGCGAAGUGCUCGUUAGAUAGAGAGAUAAAAAUAUUAUAGCGACAUAUUUUAUCGCGCGAAAUUCACACAUUUUAAGAGCGAUAAUAUCGAUUUAUUUCCGUUCGAAAACAGAGCAGAAGUUAGAGAUUUAUCUACUACGGUAAAAAAAAAGAAAAAAAAAAGAAAAAAAAAGAAAAAAGGAGCAAAAAGAAAAGAAAAAAAAAAAAGAGAAAAUUAUACCAUCCAAUUACCCUCGCGCGAGGGUAACAGUUACCGUUAAUUCUUAAAAAGAUAUUAGUCCCCCGAUCGUUAAAAGUUAGUAUUUGGAAAAAAUUAAGUAAAAAAGAAAAAACAAAAAAAAAACAAAAAAACCAAAAAAAAAACAAAAAAAAAAGAGCAAGAAAAAUGUAGGAAAUAGUUGAAAAAUAUUUUUGCAAAUCGUGCAACCACCCGUUCAGAAUUCUUUGUACGUUCUUCGUGUUCGGUAUCGACGCAACCUUAAAGAGCGGAUGAUAUAACAUAGGUACAACGGUGGUCCGAUGGAUGGUGAAAGGGUAUUCGUUGAAGGGAUCUUGCCUCAUUGUAGAUACGUCCGGAACAUGCACUAUCAUUAUCAUUUUAAUAGAAUAUCGUAGCCGUUGCGAGUUUUUCUUUCGAGUUGAUGAUUCACGUUCGAAACGAGGAUUGUUGUUUUUAUCGCGGUAUGCAACAAUGAUUUGAGGAUAUUUAUUUUUAACCGCGAAAUUCGAUUCGAGGCAGUUAAUCAAAAAUUAACAGAGGGGGGGGGAGCUUUGUCCUUUUGAUUGAACGCCUUCCCUGAAUUGCUUCCUGCGUGCUGGUGCAUGUUUCGGAAUCAGGAAACGUAAUCGAAGGAAGGGAGAACGCCUCCGUGCAAGGGGGCUUUGUAAAUAUGUAUGUAGCACGAUAAGAUAGUCUUAUUGUUCUAAUGAUCGACGUCUCUGCCAGCCGGUUGCGCAGCUCCGUAACGCGAUCCCGUUUUACCAUGAUAUUUCUAGUACUAUUUUCCGUAAUUGACGAAGAAUAGAAGAGGGAAAGUGAGAGGGGUAAAAAAAGGGUAAAAGAAAAACACAAACAGGAAAGGAAAAAAAAAAAUCAUGCGUUUAUGACUGGCGUCCGUAGCGUAACCCGGUUCAGGAGAAAUAACCGAUAAAUAAGCGAUAUUCAUCGAGUAGUUCAUGCGAAGUGGUAGCGCGCGAACCACGCGAAAAAUGCGCUUUCUUUCUUUUUUUUUUUUUUUUUUCUCUCUCGAGCUAGAGUUCUUCCACUAGUUUCGCCCGGGUAGAGUUCUUAGUCGAGCCGUUCCACGAUCGAGCCUGAGCUGUGAUAACUUCCGCGAGACGUCGUCACUUAAUCCACGUUGUUUGUAAACUAAUGUAUUUUAUAAAGUAUAUUAUAUAUAUAUAUAGAAAGAGAGAGAGGGAGAGAGAGGGAGAGAGAGAAAGGUAAAGAAAAGAAUGUUGAAGAAAGUCCUCGUAACGAUCGAAUAGACAGAGAAGUUUAAUAAACGAAUCGUUGCGUUUACGCGCAGGAUGGUCGCAUACGAACAAAUCAUCGCGACAACGAUCGUUUAUUAUUAUUAUUUUUUUUUUUUUAUUCUACGUUCGUGUGCUAUCCUGCAUCGUGCAAAGAUUGAAACAGAAAAAAAAGAGGGAAAAAUGCAAGAUGGGUGAUAAAAGUGUGAGAGCGUGAGAAAGUGAGAGAGCAAGAGGACGUAUGCGUGGAAACAAGAAUGAAUAAGAAAAGAGAGAUAAUUUUAAAAGAAGAAGAAGAAGAAGAAGAAGAAGAAGAAAAAAAGAAGAAUAAAAUUUUAGCAUUUGCGCGAGGAUGAGACUAGCGUGAAAUUAUAACGAGAAUAUAGUAUUAAUUAUCAGAAAGUCGUGCAGAAAAAGAGAGACGACAGAGAGAGAGACCUAACUAUCGUAAGCCCGCAAUACAAUAUUACGUAGUUGCGUUUUAUUCCAGUCAGCGAGGCUGCAAUUGGGAGAGAGCCGUAAACUCCUACGAUUAUUAUUAUAUAAUAUAAUGUCGACGACGACGAACGAGAUAAUUGUUAGUACGUGAACACCUCUGAUCUCCGCUCUACCACAACCCCUUUUGUUCUCUCUUUUUCGACUCGUUCUCCUGCCGCCUGUAACAUUUCUUUGUUUUUUUCAUUCUUUUUCCCGAACCGAAUGGAAGAGGAGAGGAGACACGACACGCAGAAAUACGUAGGAUGAUUUUACUAUUCUUAUUAGUUGAAUUACGUUAGUUUAAUAUCGCUACACUCUAUUGUUAAUAUCAUAGAUUUAUUCGUCUUUAUUGUUGUUUCACCGUUGGGUUAGGUUUUCUUUUCGAUGACUUUUACGACGGUCGCUACCCCAGUCAUCCUCAUAAAGCUGCCAUAAACGCUUACCGGCUACGCUCUAAUAAAGAACUCAGAAAACUCGAAAGGUUUCAACGAAUUAUCUUCCCGUAUCUCUUCUUCCGAUCCUUUCUUUGCAACGAAUGACCCCAAGAAUCCUACAGAAAAACGCGAGUUGAAUUGGUGACUUGAAUUAAGCCGUUUAAUGGUUUCAACUCUUUCCGAGUAUAUGCGAGUAAAUUUUGAAUCGCGUAUCGAACGUAUGGCUGUGUAAGCAGUGUGUUUAAAUCGUCGGAGAUCUGAGGCGUGGCGGUCCUAUGUUUAAUUGAUCAUAUUAUUAUUAUUAUUAUUUUUAAAAAAGAAAAAUUCUCGAAGGGGUGGUGCACCAUGUACUCAUGUGUUUUUCGUAAUGAUUAAUUUUUUAAAUUGUCUUUCUUUUUUUUUUUUUUUUUUUUUUUCCCUCUCUCGAAAUUCAAACAGCAAUAAAUUAGAUAGUGCGCUGUAGUCGUAUUAGUAAUAUUUAAAAAAAAAAAAAAGCAGGACUGAUGAAUUGUUUAGGACGAAUUAUUUAGAGGCGCUACCAAUUUUGAAGAAAAAAAAAAAGAAAUAUUAUCUUUCUAGAAGAGUCUCUCUAAAUUUGUGCACGCUCGUAUUCCCGCUCAAAGCGGGGUGAAAGUAAACGAAAUACCAAAUCGAACCUCGUUCGUAUCAUGAUAUGGUUUAUAUACUUAUACUUUUGCAUAGCCAUACGUAAUGUUAUUAAAAAAAAAGAAAAAAAAAAAGCUUUUUACGUUCUCCUUGUUUUUUUUUUUUCUUAUAUAUAUAUAUAUUUUCUUUUUUUUCCUUUUUGCAUCGAACGUUAUCUUGUAAAUCUUUCGACAAGUAAGAGAGCUGUGAUUUUGAAUUUCAUUUCGAAGAUCGUUUUACUUUUCGAUUUACGUACAAAGUGAAACUCUGAGAAACAAGGAUCGUUUCUUUUAGCGUUAUUUCGAAGGGACGGUGAAAAAAAUUUUCAUAAAUUGCACCACGUUCAAUCCGAAUUACGUGUCCUACUGUAAUCAGCACUCUUCUUUGUAUUAUAUUUUUAGCUAUUAUCCAUAAUAUAUUCAGCGUUAUAACAUCGUGGUAACAAUAAUAUUAACUAUCGACGUAGAAUAUAAAUAUAUAAAUAUAUAUAUAUAUAUAUAUAUUUUUUGUAUUUUACUUCUACCUUGGCUGCAUUGGACUGUAUCAUAUUGAUUGUAUGUGGCAUGCUAAGGGCGUGUACAAAUACGAAAUAAAGAUCAAAUAAAUUA